AUGGCGUUGGGCGAAGAAUUAGAUGUUCAAUUUACAGGUUUCGACUUUCAGGAAACACUGGUCGAGGAGGAGCUGAAACAGGAGUUUCUGGACAUUCCUAUCAUCACAGAGGAGAUCCAAUACAUUGACAUCCCCGAUGUCCACCAUGUGGAGAAGCUCGAGGAGGUCACGAAGGUUGUGCCUGUCCCCUAUGAGCAGCUCGUGGAAGAGAUCGUCAAAGUGCCCAGGAUUCUCACCGAGGAGCGGAUACAGCAGCGACAGGUUGAGGUAUUGGUGGAUGUCCCUGUGCCGCAGGUCGUCGAGGAGGUCGUGCACGUGCCCAAGAUUGUUACACAGAAGCGCCAGCAGCUUUCCGAGGCUGUAGAUUUUGUGGACAUACCGGUUCCUGAGCAUGUGGACCAAAUCGUGGAGGUAAGAAAGCCUGUCAAACAGGAGCGAGUGGUCACCCGGCCAGUGGAGCAAAGGCUGGAAGUUGUGGUGCCCACGAUCCACGAGGAGAUCGUGGUGGUGCCGAAGCUAUUCUAUGCCGAGCGCCAGACUCAUGUCUCUGUGGAGAAGAUCGUGGAUGUACCAGUGCUGCAGGUGAAAGAAGAGGUCGUCCACGUGCCCAAGCAGAUCGUGAAAGAAAGGACGGUUCACAAACCAAAGCCAAUUCCACAAGAGGUGCCUGUCAACGUAUUUCAAGAAGAGAUCGUGCAGGUACCUAAGGUCAUCACCCAGAAGCGGCGGAAGGAAGUGGUUGUGGAGCAGGAAGUGGAGGUCCCUGUGCCCCGCAUCAGUGAAGAAGUCGUGCCGUUGCCAGUGAUGAUGCAGCAGGAGCGCGUGAUCCAUCGGCCCAUUCAGCGCCUCAUCGACGUGCCCGUGCCGCAGGUAGUCGAGGAGGAAGUGGAGGUGCCAGUCGUCGUGGAGCAGGAAGAGGUUGUCCCCAAGCUUGUGGAGCAAAUCAUCCCGGUCAACCGGCCGCAGAUCAUCGAGACGAUCGUGGAAGUGCCGAAGGUCCAGAUCGAGGAGAAGAUCAUCCACGUGCCAAUGAUUCAGCGCAAUUGGGUUGAUCGCGUGCGCCAGCACCAUGUGCAGGUGGUCGAAACCGAGCGGCCCAAAACCAUCCAGAAGGUGGUGAAGCGAAGGAAGCCGAUCCUCCAGGAGAAGAUUGUUCAGGUGCCCAAGAUUGUGCAAGAAGCUGUGCCUGUGAAGAAGGUUACCCAGAUGCAGGUGGAGGUCCCCAUUGUGGAGUUUGAGGACAAGGUGGUCGAAGUUCCAGUGCAGAGGGAGAAUUACGUGCCUGUGCCGCAGCGGGUGGAAAGGACCGUGGAGGUGCCGCAGAUCGAGUAUGUCGAUGAGCCUGUGGAGCUUCCGGUGCAGCGGCAUCGUCACGUUCCCGUGCCGGUGCCCGUUGAGCGCAGCGUUGAGGUCCCCGACAUCGAGUACGUGGAUCGCUUCGUGGAUGUGCCGUUUCA